CAUUACGAGCGAACGAAGAAAAGCCCAGUCGAACAAGGAACAAGCUAUUUUCCAGUUGAAAGCAGAUCACAACGUGGGAGAUUAGCGGGGAAAUAGAUUUGUGAGAAAAAAGUGAAAAAAAUAAUAUAAAUCAGACUAUAUUUAUGUUACAUUUGUUAAAAAAUUUCUUAUACAAUUGAAGAAAGAAAAGGAGGGUGAAAUACUCAAAAUAUAUUUAUCAAGAACCAACUUUCUUGUUUGUAAACAAAACACACAACAAUCCAAACAUGACCGUUACCAGUAAAAUUCUUAAAGAGGGUGAUGAGGAUCCUGAGGUUAAAAUUGAACUAAAAAAGCAAAUAACACUACUAAAUGGAGUGGCAAUAAUAGUAGGCAUCAUAAUAGGAUCUGGAAUUUUUGUAUCUCCUGUUGGAAUACUUAAAGAAGUUGAUUCUAUAGGACUUUCAUUUGUUAUGUGGAUUGUUUGUGGACUUUACAAUGCACUUUGUGCUGUAUGUUAUGCAGAAUUAGGCACAACUAUACCAGAAUCUGGUGGUGAAUACAUUUACAUAUAUAGAGCAUUUGGAGAAGUACCAGCAUUUUGUUGUUUAUGGAUCAAUUUUAUUCUGAUUUGUCCAGUUGGGAUAGCAGCAUCAGCACUCAUAUUUUCUAUGUACAUACUACAACCACUUUUCCCUGAUUGCAACAUACCUGAUAACGGAUUAGCUCUCCUUGCUACAUCCAUUUUCACUUUAUUAGUAGCCAUCAAUUGUUGGAAUACCAAAUGGGCCACAAAAAUACAAGUUGUGAUAACAGCCAGCAAACUUAUAGCCUUAUUAACAGUCAUUGUUAUAGGUUUCUACUAUAUCAUAGGAUUAGGUGAAACUGAGAAUUUUAAGAAUCCAUUUGAAGGAAGUGAUUUCAGUGCAGGAGCUAUAGCUAUUUCAUUCUAUUCUGGAUUCUGGGCAUACAGUGGAUGGAGUUACUUAAACUUUUUAGUAGGAGAACUUGUAGAUCCACACAAAAAUCUUCCUCGUGCAAUUUUGAUUUCCAUGGUGAUAGUUAUAGUAACCUACUUAAUUGCCAAUGUAGCUUAUGUAGCCGUCCUGACCCCAGCACAGAUGUUGUCGUCUCCAGCUGUAGCUGUGACCUUUGGAGAACAUACCAUGGGAGUUAUGGCCUGGUUAAUGCCAGUAUUAAUAGCCAUUUCUGUAUGUGGAACCAUGAAUGGAUGUGCAUUAGGUUUCUCUAGAUUAUUCUAUGUUGGCUCAACAAAAGGACAGCUGCCAGCCUUCAUGGGGAUGAUACAACAAAAAAGAUUGACUCCUUCUCCGUCACUUUUAGUCAUUUUGGUCAUGACCUUAAUCUACACAUCAACAGGAGAUAUAUUUUUCCUGAUUGAGAUGGAAGGAUUUGGUUUUGCCUCUGUGUUAACAAUGGUGUUUGCUGGACAGGUUUACCUCAGGUACAAAGAACCUGACUUACCAAGACCAAUCAGGCUUCCUAUUUUAUUGCCUAUAAUUCUGUGUAUCAUCAGUUUCCUGAUUGUUGCAUUGACUUUCUACCAGAAAACCAGAGAAAGUUUGAUGGCUUUAGGAUUUGUAGCCUUUGGACUGGUUAUGUACAUCGUGUGUGUUGUAUGGAAAAAUAAACCUAAAUUUAUACAGCAAAAAAUGUAUGCUAUUAAUACAUUGAUACAGAAAUGUUUGAUAGUUUUACCUGUUGACAAUCCUGAUUCAGUAGACUGGGAUUAAGGAAUGAGGUGCUAAAGGGCAGAUGAUAUAUACUGUACAUCAACAAUGAUCAAGAUAAGGAGAUGAUGAAGAUCUGAAAGGAAUAUUUACCUGAAAGGAGGAACCAAACUUGUUGUUCAUCCAACAAAAACAUUUAAGGUUGAUUUCUUUUUUUCUAAUAAAAAAUAGAAUUUGUAUACAUGAUAUAGAUUGAUGUUAAAGAAUUAGGAUUACAGCUUUGCAGUUAUGAAUUCAUUUAUUUCCAUUUUUGCCAAAUACAUUAUAAAUUGCAGUUUUAUAUUUUUAUUCAGAAUUUGUUCAUGCAGCCACAUAUUUUUGCAGUGGUGUUAUGGUUUUGGUGUUUCAUCUUCAUCAUUGUUUUUCUGUUGACACAAUACUUUACAUGCUUAUUUCUGUUCAAGUCAUCUCAUCCUUUAUUAUCAACACAAUGGGCAUGAGCAUGAAAGGCAGCCAAACCAAUCUUAGUUAUUUCAACAGAUUUGACAUCAUUCACAAUUCUAAUAAGAAAAGGAUUAAAAUUUUGGAAAUCCCUGAAAUUAGAUUUUUGAGCAUUUUUACUCAAAUUGUUUCUUUAAAUACCUUGACAAAAAAAUCACUGCCUCCAUAUUUUAAUCAGAGAUAGCCAAACAUAUACAGUUUGUGAGAAAAGGGAGUUAAAAAGACUGAUUGCAUAAAUUGGAACUUAUAAGACAGAUUCAUGCUUCGUUGAUUCAGCAUACUUGCUGUAUGUCCUGACACUAAAUAUUUGUAAGGACAUUUUGGUAUUUUUGGUUUGUUAUUUUGAUAUCAAUUACUCUUUACCUAACACACAAGAUAAAAGGGGUUAAUUAGGAAUGAUAACCAAAAAGUAAAAGUUCAAUUUAGAUGGAGUUUUUCCACAUUGAAUUUCUUUUAAGAAAAUAACCUGCAGUAAGCAUCUCAGCAUUACUGUAUCUGACCAUUUUUGAAGUAAAGAGAUUGUUUUCAGCAAAUAUUGUGUGUUGAGCACAUUAUAAUGUCCACAUUUGCUUUGUGGAUAUGUUAUAAAUCUGAUUAAUCAUGCUGAUAUAUGUUUUAAAUUUGUUUCUGUGGCAUUGAUUGAUUGAUUGAUUGGUGUUUAACGCCACUUUCAACACUAUUGUGCUAUUUCUUGGCAGUCAGUUUUUAUUUCUGUGGCAUUAAUGAUAUCUUGCUUUUAUACCUUGAACUUUGUGCCUUGUUUGUCAGGGUACUCAAUUUAUCGCUCCCAUUGAUCUCUUUGUAAAAAGUUAAUUACAUAAAAUGAGAAUGACUUAUGACAAAAUCAGACAUUAUUUUGUUCAUGGAAAUAUUUCAUCAUAAUUUAUAUACUUUAUUAAACGACUUGUAUAAUAGAAGUUGAAAUUUUUAAGAUCAAAUUGUAAGUAACAAGUAUUUUAAUUAAACAUAAUAUGUAAUUUAUCAAAUAUCUUGUAUUAUAAUUGUGUAAAUUUUAACAUCAAAUUGUCAGUUUUAAGUUUUGUAAAUUCAGAUAUUCUUGCUUGCAUUUAUUAUUUGCAAUUAUUCAACUGUCAAUAAAUUAAAUAAUUUCAGUUUCAGGAAAUGCUGCAUACAAAUUAUGGCUUUAAUAAUUGAAAAUUUUAGUUUAUUUUUGCAACACCCAUUUCGUCCCAAUUUUCACAAAAAUAAAACCAUCUCAAAAUUUUUCUGAAUUUAGAGUAUUUUAACUACAAGUACAACAUUUUGAUGACAAGGAUUUAUAUUUAAUCCCGAAAUGGCCAGCAUUUAAAAUUGAAUAACUGUAUAGCAUUUAAAUACUUUGUGAUUUUUUUAGCCACUUUUUUUGUUUUUCAUUGUAAAGUUAGAAAAUUCAAGGUUCAGCAAAAUAAUGAGCAAGUAUUGCAGUACAUUUCAGUUAUUAUAUUCAGUACUAUAUUAUUGUACAUGUGUAUUAAGAAUGUUUAACUUGUAUUAAAUCAUAUUUUAUUAAGUAGACAUUUUAUGAUAUAAUUUAGUUAUUAGUAGAGUUUUCCUGAAGUAGAUAUCUCUGUAGUAGUAACAGAUACAGGAUUUGGUUGCUCAAAACGUCUAUUUGCCAUUCUGUAAUUAAAACUAUACAAUGUAAUGUUUUAAAUAACAAUGUAUAUACUUCAAAGGGAAUAAUGGUAAUACCCUUAAGUAUGAACAUUUUUGUGCUGUUUGCUGUAUUAAACAAGUGUUGGAAAUUUUUGUUGUAUUUUUACGCUUUUUAGAUUUGACACACAAAUAAAUGUAUAUAUGGAAGCUUAUUUUAUGGAAUGUUCAAAAUCAUAAACCUUUUACAGAUUUGAGUAUCAUGUAGAUUUCAUACAUUUUUGGUACAAUGUUAAAAUGUUGUCUGUUACAAGGUCAUUCUGUGUUAUUUAUUAACUUAUUUCAGUGUUGACAUUGUCACAUUUGUUAGACUGUUUUAGAUAUGUUACUUAGAUUUUGUUAACUUGAUGCUGUCAGUAAGUUUUAUAUGUUUUACAAAUUUAACUGCAUUUUAACAGACAAAAUUUGGGGUUAAUUGUAACAAUGUCCAUUGUUUAAAAUAGUAAAUCAUAUAAAUAUCAUGUGUUUUUAACUGCCUAUUCAGUGCACACAAUCCGCUUCAUUUUAUUUGUUAAAUCAUUAUUUUGUUGUGUUUUCUGUAAUACAGGGUUAACAUAUAUGUUAGCAGAUCUGUAUGUUUUUAAAAGCAAUCAUCUAGAAACUGUAGUUUAUUUUUUACAAAUAAAGACCCUUAAUAUAAUAUUUUAGCCGAUAUGAAAUUGUAUCAACAUUUUACAGUAAUGUAAUGUAAAUAUGAUCUGUGGCCAUUUGUUAUAUAUUUUUAGCUCAUUUACAUAGAUUGUUUUCAAAUUAAGAUUGAUAGUAUUAUAAUUAUAAUGAAAGUAUAUAGUAUUAAAAAACAAAGUACUUGAUUCCUUACAAGUCAUCUAAAUCCUGACCCUAUAUUAUUUGAUGUGAAUGAAUCUGACCACCCUAUAUUAUUUGAUGUGAAUGAAUCUGACCACCCUAUAUUAUUUGAUGUGAAUGAAUCUAACCACCCUAUAUUAUUUGAUGUGAAUGGUUCUGACCACCCUAUACUAUUUGAUGUGAAUGGUUCUGACCACACCAUGUAUUAUUUGAGAAGAAGGAUUCUGAUCUCACCAUAGAACUUUCCAGGAAUAGCCUGAUACCAUACAACCAAUGGACAAUUGUCUAACAACAAAUUGAUAAAAAGUAGUUGUACUAAGUCUAUAUUGUAAUUAUAUAUCACAGAUAAGUAAGUUAUAAGGAAACUGCAUAAUAGUUUACAUUAUUUUCCAUUGUUUAAAAUUGAAUAAAGAAUAAAUACAAGAGAAAAAUAUAUGCUUUCAAUGGGAACAGUUGGUUCUGGGCUAGCCUUCAAUUGAUAAUGUAAAGGAGUAGGUCCGGUAAGAGCCGAUUUUGGCCUCAAAUUUCAGGUUCAUCUGAUGAAAGAUUGUUGACACUUUUUAAACACUUAGGUGUCUACUUCAGUCGAUUCAAUUAGUUUUUGUGAAAGAUUUGAACUGAUUUUAUCAUUAAAGGCACUCAAAUUCAAGCUUAAAUAUGAAAAAUCUAUCAAAUAAGCCAUAAUAUGUCACUUUUCAGAUAGUUUUUGUCAAAAAUGAAAGUGGCCGCAUCCGUGUUCACUCUCAACCUUUAUAUAUGUUAUGUAUUAUCAUAAGAAUGAACACAAAUGCGGCCACUUCCAUUUAAGACGAAAACCGUCUAAAAUUUAACUAAAAUGCUAAAAUUGUGAAGAUUUCAGUAAUUUAGCAUGACUUAAUGAUGCUAGUACCCGAUAUAUGUGCAUUGUAUUGUCAAAAACAGCCCAUAUUUAUAUAGCAGAAGUAUUCUACUUUCCAAUUAAUAGCUAAAAGUUUAAAUUUUAACAAUUUUGUAAAACUGCUAUAUUUUGGGGCCAAAAAGGGGUCUUACUGAACUUACUCCUUUGUAUAAUUAAUGCAUGCAAAAUUUCAAUCCUGGUAUCUAUGAUGAGUUUAUUUAUUAUCGUGAUUGUUGACCAAUGGGGGAUGCAAAUGUGAGAUAUUUCAGGAAAUACUACUACAAUCAAUGCUAUCAAAAUUUUAAAAUGCAACUUUUUAUUUUUCAAAACACAUCCCAUCACAACUUUCACAAUAAUAAAAACAUAGCUAUAAUUUCUGAAUUAAAAAUUGUAUUAGCCAAUAUCGAUAUUCUUGGAACUGUGACCCAUUUAUUGUAAAUCAGAGCCAUGAUGCUAUUUAAUGUAAAAUCUUUGUUUUCUAUACAAAACAAAAAGAAUUAUUGAAUAAUUCUCAUAUUUAGUUAUGUUAGAUCAUUGGAUUUUACAGUACACUCAUGCCAAUUUUUAUUCUGUUAUGUUUUACUGAAGUUGUAAAUUUUGUUGAUGAUAUUUUCUUGAUGUGUUGUUUUAUUAUUAUUAUUAUUAUAUUAGAAUGCUUUUCUUUUGAAUCUCAAAUGGUGUGACUUUGAUUGAAAUAAAAGUAUUUAAAUUC